CGCCUGUUACUGAUCUUCCAGUUCGAGUAAAAUGUCUCAGUAUAGAACGCACUCUAUCAGUGUUCACUCGAUUUUCGUAGGGAAAUUUGCUUUCUCUUUCGAUAAAUCAAAACGCAUGAGAAGGAGAAAUAGUGGUGUGAUUUCGUCGAAGGGAUGCCAGGCAUUCGACGUCUUGCUAUUUUUCUCCUGUGUCUUGAUUUUUUAACGAUCCAUGCUACUGAGAAUCAAAAUGACACGAAGAUUUUAUCCAGGCCGAAAAGAUACUUGAUCUUCCCGGAGGGCAGCAAUAUGCAGAUGGUAUACUGUCUGACUUUUGGAACGUACAUUACAGAAACAGACGUUGUGGUGGGAAUAACAGCUGCUAUGGCUUGGGAGCUACCGACCAAAGUUGACCCAAAAGUAACAAAGCUGCUUCAUCGUCGAACCAGAAGCGUCAUGUUUCCCAAAAUAGAGGCGUUUUUGCAGUCGACGGGACUUGAUGGGAAGGCUUGCGUGAUGAAGGCACUUUGCGAAGCGGCUCAACGGGAUCCUGCUGACGUAGGCAAAGGAACCCUGGUCCAGGAACUUCUGCACGUAAUAUUUACGUUGCCCAGGGACGGAGGAAGGUUCGAGCGAUCGCGGGAUCAAGCUUACGAGCACGCAUACCGGAGCAGUGAAAAUUGCGGCCAACUUUAUCCGACUUGCCGGCACUCCAUUUACGACCUAGACUUCUGAGCUCCUCUUCAGGGAUACUCAUGUGGGAAGUGGUUAAUAAAUUUGUCCCUGAAGAAUUGAAGGAAGGGUGCAAUUGGACGCAUUCGUAUGCGUGUUCACCGUUGACCGCGUUUCUUUCGGACGUGCCCCGAGGAAGAAACGCUUCCGAAGUUUUCCUGGCUACCAUCCCGGUACUGGACGAUUUUUCAACCCGAACAUUGCCGCAUCACUGCAUAAUCUUCAUCCACCGCGAACACGGUUGCCCGAUUGCUGCCAAGUUGUGCGGAUCUGAAUUCAUUUUUUUUUCUUUUUUUUUUAAGAAAACUCUCCAAAU